AUGUCUUCGUCAGCGAAGCACGGCACCACCACCACCUCCUCUUCCUCAAUAGACCCGGCAGAAACCGCCUCGUCCUCGUCGUACUUCCUACCAGAGCUGAUCCCACUGGUCGCGAGCCGACUGACGACCCUACAGGAUUUCUUCGCCCUCCGCGCCAUCUGCCGCACCUACCGGGCUCUCCUCCCGCUGUCGCAGUCCAACCUCGCCUCCCAGGCUCCGCUCCUCCUCGUCCCGCACAAGGCAUCUUCCUCGGAAGCCCUCUUCCACAUCCCACUCCGCCGCAUCCUCCGCUUUCGCCUACCCCGCACCCCCUUAGCCCACCGCGACCCCAACAAUGCCGAAUUCCAUUCCUUCGGUUGCCGUGUCGCCAUCGAAGACAGCGAUGCCAUGGGCAGCCACCUCGAGCUCCACAUCUGCCACCUCCUUACAGGCCAGCAAGUCCGCCUGCCCGAUCCCCCAAAAGACUACGAAGGAAUCAUCUUUGCCGGCGAUCUCGUCCUCACCUUUAAUCGAUACUACCACACCGUCCGCUACUGCCGCAUUGGAGGCAAGGACAAUGACUGGCGAGCAGCGCGGUGCGCUGAAGGCUACGGGCUUCGUGACCUGAUUUCCCUGAAUGGCACCCUCUACGCAUUGAUUUUUCCAAAUUACUGCCUCGCUGUCGUCGAGCUUGACAACAGUUACGUGGUAUUGUCGUUUCUUGGUGGUGAAUUGAGUGCAGAGACAGUUGAGAAUUCUUCAAUGUUGAGGCUAGCAGAGUGCCGUGGUGAGCUAUUGCUCAUUAGUGCUGUUAGGUACCCGGUGGGGUACCAAGUUUUCCAGUGGCAAUCUGGGGAUAGGAAGUGGGUGAGGACUACUGCCCUUGGUGGGUGUAGCUUGUUCUUUAAUAUUCUCCAGUUUGCAGGUUGCCUUGGUCCAGAUCAUCCAGCAGUUCAAGGGAACUGCUUGUACAUCAUUAAGUACAAUGGGCAGUGUAUCAAGUAUUCUCUGGUUGAUGGAUCUUCGCAUGAACUCGUUGCCGACUACCCAGGACAACCACGGGCUUGGGUCCUUCCAAGCAUUUGUUGA